CGAGCGGAAGUCGCCGCCGGGACCUGUCUGAGGGACCGGAAGUGCCUGGCAGGAGGAAGCUGGGUUGCCCUGGUAGCGGAGGAGUCUGGCCCUGAGGAGCCUCCCCUCCCCCUCCCCCGCGCCCCAGAGACUCGGCGGGGUCGACCCCGUCCUCGCGCUUCCGGGUCCCAGCCCCUCCCCCCGCGGGGCCCCCGGCCCGGUCCCCUCGCUGCUCCCGAGCCCUGCGGGGCCCCGCCAUGGACCUGGCUCCUGCCAUGACCGACAUGUACGACCAGGCGCUGCUGGGCAUCCUGCAGCACGUGGGCAACGUCCAGGAGUUCCUCGGCGUCCUCUUCGGCUUCCUGUACCGCAAGACGGAUUUCUACCGCCUCCUGCUGCGGCCGGACGACCGGCUGGGCUUCCCGCCCGGGGUGGCGCAGAGCAUCGCCCUCAAGGCAUUCAGGAGCUUUGAACACCUGGCCCGUCAGGAUGAUGAGAAGAAGCAGCGGGAGCUUGUGGAGAAGAUGAGGAAAAGGGAGGAGGAAGCGGCAGCGGAGAGGACGAAAGUGCCUGCUGUAGCUCAGGAAGUUGAGAUCCACUCGGCACCAGAGCCAGUCCCUGGCUCAGAUGAUGGUGCUGCCGCCAGGCCUCACGAGCCCACUGCAGCAGAGGAGACAGCUGAAGCGGCAGAGAGCUCUGCGGCCGCAGAGCCACCAGGAGCAGCUGCCCCAGUGGAGUCCCAGCCAUCAGCCUUGCCCAAGAAGCAGGAGCAGUUCCAGACCAACCCUGACAGUUACAAUGGAGCCGUGCGAGAGAACUACGCCUGGUCCCAGGACUACAGCGACCUGGAGAUUAAAGUGCCGGUGCCCAAGCACAUCGUGAAAGGCAGGCAGGUGUCGGUGGAUCUCAGCAGCAGCUCGAUUUGCGUGGCCGUGCUGGAGGGGAGCAGCCAGCGUGUCCUCAUGGAAGGGAGACUCACCCACAAGAUCAACACGGAGAGUUCCCUAUGGAGUCUGGAACCAGGGAAAUGCAUCUUGAUCAGCCUGAACAAGGUGGGGGAGUACUGGUGGAGCGCCAUCCUGGAGGGGGAGGAGCCGAUCGACGUGGAUAAGAUCAACAAGGAGCGUUCCAUGGCCACAGUGGACGAAGAGGAGCACGCCGUGCUGGACAGGCUGACCUUCGACUACCACCAGAAGCUGCAGGGCAAGCCCCAGAGCCAUGAGCUGAAGGUGCACGAGAUGCUGAAGAAGGGCUGGGACGUGGAAGGCUCCCCGUUCCGGGGCCAGAAGUUCGACCCCGCCAUGUUCAACAUCUCCCCUGGGGCCGUGCAGUUUUGACGACGCUCAGCGAGGAAGGGAAAAUCACAUCCACGCGUGGGAUCGGAGGCCAAGGCCGGCGCCACUGUGUGUAACCAGCUAGUGCGGGGGCAAAGCCUGGGCUUCCCCCUCUGCCUGCUCCCAUGAGUGACGUCCAGCUGCCCCUUUAUCCCGGCGCUGCCACCGGGGGCUGUUUGCAAACAGCCAGCCGCCACCCGGCUGGGGCGGGGGUGUGGUUUGGGGGG